AUGAUUAGAAAGGGUCCAGUGCGUGUCAGGAAGGUCGAGAAGAAGCGCAAGCGCAAGGGCAAAGCCAUCGACAAGUUAGUCGCGCUCUUCGACUCCGGAAAGAUCGACCUAGCCACAAAGGAUGAGGCUAAAGCCCCAGAAGACAGUAGUGUUGCGAACCUACUGGCUGAACCCAAUGUCAAGCAAACCAAGAGACAAAAGCAUCUGGCUCGCGGAUUACCGGAAGAAAAGAUUUUCGAGCAGUAUGAAUGCAGGGUCUGCCACGUACUUUGUCUGGACAAGGGAGCGCGUCCGCCUAAAGGAGGUGGUAUGGGUAUAUGCUUCGACUGCGAUAUGGCUGCAUUGGUGGUAAAGCCUCUCCGCGGCAACAUCGUCAUCCUGCGGAAACACCGACGAGUGCGCUUCUGCCUCGUCUGCGGACAUGCAGUUUGUCAGCCGCGCAAUUCCAAGCACAGUAGAUACUGUGCUUGUAUCAUCAGUCUUCUAUCGGCCAAGUCGAAGGAGGAAGCUGUUGAGAUUGAGAGGAUUGCUGCUUAUGAGAUCUGCAAGGAACUUCGUGUCGCUAAGCCCGAGGAACUGCCUACGUACAAGCCAGAGUUUAAGCUGGAGACAACACCAUUGCCUGGAAUCUCGUCUGGAUCCUUGUUCAUUCACGAAAAGCAGAAGGCCAUCAAGCAACAGAUUCUCGAGGAGUCGCGCUCUGAUAUGAAUAAGCAUCAAGAAGAAGUAUCCGCUAUGGAAGUCUAA